AUGUCCAUCUUCCCUUAUGCCUACUUCAUGGUCGAAUCGUUUGGCAUCACCAGCGACAAGUCUCAAAUAUCAAUGUACACGGGCAUGGUCACCUCCUCUUUUGCCUUUAUGGAAUGCAUCAGCGGCAUCUUUUGGGGCCGUCUAAGUGACCGCGUCGGACGGAAAAAGGUGCUUCUGGGAGGCUUGUUUGGCACCGGACUGAGCAUGUUGCUUUUUGGCUUUGCUCAGAACCUCCCCAUGGCCUUGGUCGCCCGGGCUCUCGGAGGUUUAUUGAAUGGGUGA